AGAGAGACAGAGAGAGAGAGAGCAAGAAGCUCAAAAGGGAGAGACGAGGGAUCGAUAGGCGAGCAGCGGAGGGGAUUGGAGCUGAGCUCGAAAGGCGGAUUGGCGACGUCACAUUGCGAGCAGCGAGGGGAAGCUCUGCUGCCCAGGUCUCUCGUCGUUGCCGAGCACAGCUCUCGCGCUCUUCGAAGCGGUUACGCGAGGCGAGGAGAGGACGAGGAGAGGACGAGGAGGAUUCUGGAAGGGGGUGGGGGCCUUUUCUGUAAGAUAUUUAGGGUUUAGGAGAGGAAGAGUGCGAGGUUCGUGCGAGGCGAGGAGAGACGAGACGAGACGAGACGAGAUUCGAAGCAGCUCGAUUGAUUCAGAUCGAGUGUCUGGAGUCGGGUGCCCGAGGAGUUUGGGUGCUUCUGCUGUUGUUGUUACUGUCUGGAGGUGGGGGAAUCCGGUGGCCGCGGAUCUGAACCAGUCAACGUAAGGAGUACAUGGGUGUUGAAUCUUAGCGUGAGGUCGAGCUCCAGAGGCAUGAAGGGAGGGGGAAGGUGAAUUUAAGAUCACCAGGGGACUUUGUUCGUGUCAGUUGAAUUUAGCUCAGGUCGACGAACCCGGUCUUUGAAUUGGUGGGCAGGAGGAUUUUAGGUACUUGUGCGAGGAGGAUCAGGGUUUUGGGUUGUCAUGUCUAGGUAUUAGAUGGAAGGAUUGUAGUAUACGGUGGACAGAUGCCGAAGAUUGCAGCUUGUCUACAUCCAACCCGGAGGUUAUCAGAAGUUCGAUGCUCAUUGCCAAAAUGAGGAUCUGGAUUGGAGCAUUUGAUUAGUUGGUAUUGUGGUGCUGACCUUUUACGAGGAGAAAGAACGACGUCAAGCAUGUCAUCGCUUUUGGCAAAAUCAUGGAUGCUAUUGGGGCUGGGAAUAGCUGGGCUCAUAAUUAUAGGUCGGAGGCAGCGAGCUGCACUGGAGAAGGGUCAUGGGGCCUUUAUUCAGUACUUCGAGCUGCUGCCUCCUCCACCUCCACCACCGCCCAAAGCACCUCCUCCAUUGACCGGCUUGACAUUUGCCGUGAAAGACAUAUUUGAUAUCGAGGGAAUGGUCACAGGAUUUGGGAACCCUGACUGGCUCAAAACUCACGAGCCAGCGAUCAGGACUGCUCCCGCAGUCGAGCUUGUCUUACAAGCAGGUGCCAAAUGCAUCGGAAAGACCCACAUGGACGAGUUUGCGUACAGCAUCAACGGAGAGAACAAGCACUAUGGCACGCCUGUGAAUCCUGCCGCGCCCUCCAGAAUCCCUGGAGGUUCGUCCAGUGGCUCUGCCGUAGCUGUCGCUGCCGAUCUUGUGGAUUUCGCCCUUGGAACGGACACAGGUGGAAGUGUCAGGGCCCCAGCAGCAUUUUGUGGUAUCCUCGGAUUCCGUCCUUCUCAUGGUGUAAUACCCACGGAAGGGGUCACCCCUAUGGCCCAAAGUUUUGACACUGUUGGUUGGUUCGCCAAGGAUCCAGCUGUAUUGCGGCAAGUAGGGCACGUGCUCUUGCAGUUACCUUACAUGGAAGUCAGGCAGCCCCGGCGCGUUUUAAUUGCUGACGAUUGUUUCAAAAUGUCAUUGUUACCCCAAGAUCAGAUUCUGGGUUCUGUCCUCAAAGCGAUCCACAAGCUUCUUGGACGUCAAGUUGUGCAAAUGAUCAACGUUGGGGAUUACAUUGAAAGGAAUGUGUUGUCUAUCAAGAGCUUUCGUGGUGCCGAAAAUCUUACCGGUUCAACUUUGGAGGGUCUGCGAGAUGCCAUGCGGGCUCUGCAAAGGUGUGAGUUCAAAGAUAAUCACGGAGAAUGGAUAAACUCGGUACAACCAGAUAUCGGGUCUGACACGGCCGGGAGGAUCAAGGACGCCCUAGAGGCUAGUUCUGACCUGGUUUCGUUGAUUCACAAAAUAAGAGAACAGUCACGGCUUGCGAUGAACGAGUUGCUAAAGAAUGACACCAUCCUCGUGCUUCCUACUGUUCCUGAUUUGGCUCCCAGGUUGAACUCGAAAGAGUCUACGUUAGCUGAGUUCCGCUCAAAGGCUUUUACACUUCUUUGUAUUGGAGGGAUGUCAGGCUGUCCUCAGGUGAAUUUGCCUGUAGGAGAAGUGGAUGAUGUUCCUGUUGGAGUUUCGAUCAUGGCUAAACAUGGAGGAGAUCGUUUCCUUUUGGAUACGGUAGUGGCACUCUAUGCCAGCGUGCAGGAAGAAGCGAAAAUUGUUUUUUCCAAUAAGAAUACCCUUUCCGUUGGAAGCGGCAAAAACGAGGCCGCGGAAGCAGCGAAAGAGAGGGGCAAUGCGGCGUUCAAAGAACAGGACUAUCCCAAAGCUGUAACUCACUACACGGAAGCUAUUCGGCUGGAUGGUCAAAGCGCUACAUAUUACAGCAAUCGAGCUGCCGCAUAUCUUCAGAUGUGCAACUUUCCUCAGGCAGAAGCGGAUUGUACCAAGGCCAUCAGCUUAGACAAAAAGAAUGUGAAGGCUUUGCUAAGAAGAGGCACAGCUCGAGAGUUUCUUGGUUACUACAAGGAUGCGGAUGAAGAUUUUAGGCAAGCGCUUGUACUUGAGCCAACCAACAAGCAAGCGAUAGAGGCUGUGAAGAGAUUAAAGAAGCUAUUAUACGAGUAGAAUCCCGGAGGGAGGCCUUUAGGAUAUGAAGCCUUGUAAAAUGUUAACAUUGUUUUGCUUCUAAGGAUUGCAUAUCUAUAUAAUACCCCGUUGAAGUGGCCAGAUGAAAGUAGUGUGCAGGAUCUGUCUACUCCAAUUGUGUGAAAAGCAUGAAGUGGCCAUGUAGGGGUUUGUUUAAGAGUCAGACUCAAUUCCUCCUUCAGGUUGGGAUUUGAAUGUUGCCGCAUUUCUUAGUCUGACAAGGUCCAUGUUGUUAGGUGAUUUGAGUCUUUCCAUCUUGAUGGUAUAGUGAAGCCCAUUUUGAUACGCAUAUCACUGAUUCAGAGUAAGUAGGCUAGUAUCAGAGAUCACGGAUUAGGCAGACGGUAGAGCAGUUUAGGGAGAAAAGUGAAGGACAAUGGAGUAUGGUGAAGUGCUUCUGAAUGUCACAAGCAUGAUGAAUACUCGCGAAUGUCACCAGAACAGAGGAUGUCACAUUACUUCUGGGAUACACAUCCUAGGUAGGAAUAAAUUCCAAACCAUUGUGCAGUGCUUUGUGAGCCUUUUUUCUGACUGUAGGGCUUAAUAAAGUCUUGUUCAAGAUUUCUAACG